CUUCGUGCCAUUUCACCAAGUAGGAGCCAAAGGAAAAUCUGAAAAAAUGAAAGUAUUAGCAAGACUCGUUCUGGGACUCAUCAUCUUUGAUGCUGCUGUGACUGCUCCAACUUUAGAGCCCAUCAACUAUGACUCAGAAACUUAUGAUGCCACCUUAGAAGACCUGGAUAAUUUAUACAACUAUGAAAACAUACCUAUUGGUCAAGCUGAGAUUGAAAUAGCGACAGUGAUGCCUUCAGGGAACAGAGAGCUCCUCACCCCGCCCCCCCAGCCAGAGGUGGCUGAAGAGGAGGAGGAGGAGGAGGAGGAGUCUACACCCAGGCUGAUCGACGGCUCUUCCCCACACGAGCCCGAAUUCACUGGGGUUCUGGGUCCACACACCAAUGAAGAUUUUCCAACCUGUCUUCUGUGUACUUGUAUAAGUACCACUGUAUACUGUGAUGACCAUGAACUUGAUGCUAUUCCUCCGCUGCCCAAGAACGUCGCUUAUUUCUAUUCCCGCUUUAACAGAAUUAAAAAGAUCAACAAAAAUGAUUUUGCAAACCUAAAUGAUUUAAGAAGGAUUGAUCUGACAUCAAAUUUAAUAUCGGAGAUUGAUGAAGAUGCAUUCAGAAAACUGCCUCAACUCCGAGAGCUUGUCCUACGUGACAACAAAAUAAGGCAACUCCCCGAGUUGCCAAACACUUUAACAUUCAUUGAUAUUAGCAACAACAGACUUGGAAGGAAAGGAAUAAAACAAGAAGCAUUUAAAGACAUGUAUGAUCUCCGUCAUCUCUACCUCACUGACAACAACUUGGACCAUAUCCCUCUUCCACUCCCAGAAAACCUACGGGCCCUUCAUCUCCAGAAUAACAACAUUCUGGAGAUGCAUGAAAAUACUUUCUGCGAUGUUAAAAAUUUGACUUACAUUCGUAAAGCACUAGAAGAUAUCCGAUUGGACGGAAACCCUAUCAAUCUCAGCAAAACUCCUCAAGCAUAUAUGUGCCUACCUCGUUUGCCUAUUGGGAGUCUUGUCUAAAUCAGAUAAUGAUUAGCAUUAUCAUGCUUACUAUAACAAAACAAUUCUUACUGCUCUCUUCACAAACGACAGCAUUAUACUUUCACAUUCUGUUCUGAAAAAUGAUAUCAUAACAUAAAAUACAACUCAAAGUUUUAAGAUGUGAUGGCUGUUAAUUAAUCUUAGAAAACACCAGAUGAGUCAGGAAUAAACUAGAAAGAUGUACAGAAAGAGCAAAACUAAAUUAUAGGGAAUAUUUCACAGAUAUUCUUAUAAAUCACAUGUAAUUUGCAAGUUUUAGGGAUUCAUAUUUUAUAUAAUUUCAAAUUGAUCAUAUAAGAAAGAAAAAUUAAAAAUGAACACUUUAGUUUAUUAUGAAGAUUUUGAUUUUGUAAUUAAACUUUUCUAUUUCCUUUUUUUAUUAGAGCAUGUUUCUAUUUCCAAAUUCACUAAAGAAAAUGAAGAAAAUAAUAAAAGUAUUUGAAAAUUA